CUACGGGUUCCUAGAAACGUAAGGAGGAGCUUCUUAAGCAGGUUCUAUGGCACCAAUAAAUGGAUUAUUUAGAAAAGCUUUUAUGUGCACCAAUAUAAGCGGUGUCCCCUGCUUCGUAGCGUCUUCCACAGUCUUAACAGCCCCACCAAAAGCAAUCAGAUUGGCCAGGAAAGCCUUGAGCCUUAAGACCACAUCGUGCUGUUUGAGCCCCAGUCCCGUGUGCGUGCACUUCUACAGUUAACCCCCAAUAACCUUGGCCAAUUCCGAGUAUUCGUUGUGAAAUAACUAACACCAGGUCAAAUGAUUUAUUGGGUGGGGAACUUGUGUGUAAAGUAGAGAGAUUUCCUCGAAACACAGCUAUCAUUGAAUAUACAUUCAAGUCGGAGCAAAACUGGAGUUCUCUCUAGAGAACCAUCCAAAAGUUUCCCAGGAGGAAACAUGGAAGAAGGAUCAGGCAUGCAAGUCGAUGUCUGUUCAAAUCCAAUGCUGCAGCCACAGACAUCGGAGUGGCUCGUGGAUCCUUACCGAAAAAGAUCGGAAAGUUUGAAGAUCUUUGUCGCGGCGUUGGUGCGCAGCUGGCGCAGGCGAGGAGAAAAUAUUUGCCAAUUGGAGGAGGAGACGCAGCAUUUCAGGGAUGAAUACUUACAGAUUAAGAACUCGGUACGCCUGUCUAAGGCCCUGAAGGACGUGGAACUCGAGCGGAAUGGCGAGCUGCAUCUGGAAUUGAUGAUGUACAAGCGAAGCUUCAAUGAGGCCCAAACGUCCAUUCACAGUCUGACGACAGACAAGGAAAAACUGUUGCACGAAGUGGAAUGUAGCAAGAGAGAGCAUAACGAACUACAAGCUGUGGCAGACCAGCGACAAAUAGAAAUCUGUACCGCCCUCAAAAAGCAACUGAUCGACCAACAGCGACUGUCGCAGGAGGAGCAGGCCAUCAACCGGCUAAGAAGGAAGAAUGCUGACCUCGUCACGGAAGUCACCACGCUCCGCAGGAUGCAGAUGGAGUACAAAAUUAGUGAGCAAUGCUUAACCAAGGAGUUGGAGGAAACAAACGCGAGGAUGAGCACCAUGCAAGAGGAACUAAACUGUCUUCAGGGUAGAAUGCGGAUAUGGAACAGCAAUGAGCCGCUGGAGCAUGAACCACAGGUCCGCCCCAAGAUGGAACUGCAGGAGUUAUCCAUCUCAGACGACAGUUUACAGACUGAAUGCAGGAAAAGUAACAAAGCUGCGUUCCCGAUGCCCCAGCAUGUGCUUUUCAAUGCGCUUAUACUUUUCAUUAAAAUAUUAUAGUAAAACUACAACAAAAACAUUUCGUACAGCAAAAGAAUGGGCAAAUUGCUCGGCAAUGCCGCGUACAUGGAAGUGUUCUGAACAGCAAAUAUAUUACGAAAAUCCGAAGCUAAGCUACAAAGUUACUUAACCAAGAAAUUUUGAAAAUGGCUGACGUGGGCAACUGUUGUUGGCUUCGGCACUGGCACCACCGCCCGGCCCCGACCUAUGCGUGCUCCAGUCGUGGAGAUGACUGGAGUCCGCGAGGCGGAGUGGGUGGUGGAAGACCAGCACAUGACCGUGCGUCUGUUGCUAGUCGACGCACUCGGCUAGCAAAGGCAGCGGGAAAGCCAAUCCAGAACAAUGUUGCCACAGCAAUGCCAGGCAGAAUUACUGGGAAACAAAGGUGUGACGGAGGGUCGGCACUGAGCAGAUCUGAUAAACAGAUGGCUAUCUAUCUAUCGAUCGAUGCACAGAACAAUCACAGAAUACACUUCCAAAGUACACUGCAGUGCAUCUCGUAUAUAUACUGUGCAUCCCGCGAAUAAGCACUUGGGAAUUACAAGCGAAUGCGCACGCCUUGCAACGGGGUGGAUU